AUGGCUUUUCCUCCGAUAGCUAGGGCGACCUUGCAAGCUGCGCUGAUCAAUGCUGGUUCCAAUGUUCUGGCUCAGACUAUUGGAGCUUACAGGGAUGAGCUACUAUUCGAUUACCACUUCACUAACCAUGGAUAUGGUUCAUUGGCAAUCCGUAGACCCUUUGAAUUAGACACUCAAGCCUUAUUUCAGUUCACUACUUGUGCCUUCGUUCUUUCACCCUUGACCUUCCUGUGGCUUGAAGGCCUCGAGGCAAAGCUCCCGGGCUAUGAUGAGAGCUCUGUCCCCAAGCCAAAAGCGGAGAAGAAGGUGGCACAGAAGCCCAGGCUAAAUGUCACCAAUACUGUGGCGAAGAUUAUCAUCGAUCAGAUCAUCGGCGGUGCCUGGAACACGGCAGUCUUUAUCACGACGAUGGGGCUUCUGCGCGGCCAGAGCUGGGACGCCAUUACGCUGCAGAUCCAGAAGGCUGAUUGGUCUAUGUUGGAAGCUAAGUUGGGCGCUGGGGACCUGGGGCCUGCGGCUGGUGUUUCUGUUGGUUUCGCAAAUAUUUGGACAAGAAUUCUCAAGAUUUGCAACUUAUGCUUCCUAGAGCAGUAG